AUGGAAAGACACAGUCCCAAUCAUGUACAUAAAGAUAUCACAAAGAUGGGUAACUCUGUAAGAUCAAAGAGAAGAUUAAAGAAUGUUGCUCUCAUGAGAGCUAAGCUGCAGCCAUACAACGAUACACUCUUACAACAAACAGUCGAUAAAAUGAAUGCACAUAUGAAAUCACAACAAACAGACGUACAAGAUUUAACUUUACCACCAGAAAUGGUUCCACUGACAGUUGAAAAAGAUACUGAUAUGGUCGAUGACAACGAUAAUACUACUUCAAAGCAAGAUAAAAAACUUAAAGUAAAGAAGAAGCAAAAUUUCCCAAAGAAAAAGAAAUCAAAGAAAGCAAAGCAUUCAAGAAAACCAAGAAUUUACUAUGAGAGAUGGGUAGGGAAUCUAUUCUCAUCGUUGUUUUUUAAAUUGUUUGGUAAUAAAGAUGUUAGAAUACUUAUACUUGGAUUAGAUAGCGCAGGAAAAACAACAAUAUUAUAUAAAUUACAAUGUGGUGAAGUUUUAACUACAAUACCAACAAUUGGUUUUAAUGUAGAGACAGUAAACUAUAAGAAUAUAAGAUUUCAAGUUUGGGAUUUAGGUGGACAAAGCGCAAUUCGACCCUAUUGGAGGUGUUACUAUCCGAAUACCAAUGCGAUUAUAUAUGUAGUGGAUUCAUCGGAUCCAGAUCGUUUGGAUUAUUAA